AUGCUCGAAAUUACGUUUAAACUUUGUCUCGGAAUCCUAUUAGGAGGUAUAUCUUUCUAUGGUCUCAUCGCAAAUGCAUUGGUGGUUGUUCCCGUGUAUCGUUUGGCUUUCGUUUCGAAGAGAAGUCCGAUUUAUGUCAUUUCUUUAGUCAAUUUGUUUGCCGAUGUUGUUAAUUUGAUUAUCACUACUUGCUAUUUGGCACCUUUGAUUUUAACAACUGCUUAUACCCCCACUAGUACAACUAACUUAAAAACCUCGUUUAUUUUUGGAACAGGAUUUAUGUUUUGUUGGUAUCUCGGAUCUAUAACACAGAUAAUAAUGUCAGUGAAUAGGCUGGUUGUCAUUUGUUUCAAGUGUCCAGACCUAUUCAGCCGCAAAGUAUUGCUUGUCAUCUUCUCAUUUAUUUUCCCUCUGUGUACUGCGAUGACGUAUCUCGCCCAGUUUGGAUUCCCUUGCUGUGCUUUAGUCUAUGAUUCACGUAUUCUCUCAAUUAGCUAUCUCUCGACGGGGGCGGAGAACUUUUCGAACAUGUUCAUUGAUGUGCCUUUGAACUUUACUACGUCAUUCACGGCGUUUGUCUGCUAUAGCAUGAUAACAAUAAAAAUUUGGAGUUCUAAGAAAAUGGUGUUGCCGACUGCUGGGAACAAAGAAUAUGCAUAUGCAACUCAGUUUUGUCUCAUAACAGUUUUCUACACUAUCAGCUGGAUCCUAUUUCGUAUUUUCCCUUUGGUUCUCGGAAACCAAAGAGUCGAAUUUUACUGUUUCGUAAUGAUUGCAGUCUCGCUUAACAAUAGUGCAAAUGCGGCAGUUUAUAUAUGUUUUAACAAAGAGAUUCAUAAUAACUCCUUUCGAUGUGACGUUGAUCUAUGUGUUCCAUGGUUUGUGCAGAUGAUUUAUUGGCCUACUGUAGUAAAUCGGGAAAUCAUUCUUCCUUAUGCGGAUAGAUACUUCCCACAAUACAAUUUAUCGCACGCGGAUGGCCUUCUUGCUGGAAUACCAACAAUCAAAGAUUUCGCCUCAAUCUAUGUGAUUCUUCAUCUCUGUGGUCCAAUUUUCCCAAUUUAUGUGGCCAUUUUUGUAUUGAGACAUGAGGUUAUGAACAAUUUAUUAAGAAAGACGGAAAUGCUUUCUAAUGAUUUAAAAUCGUAUCAUUCUCAAAUUCUAAAAUGUCUCACAAUUCAAGCCGCCAUUCCAAUGAUUUUCGUGAUUGGCGUAAUUUCGUACUUGAGUGCACAACUUGGAAUUUUCACUCAUCCGAUUCUGGAAUAUUCAAUUUUUGCUUGCACUCUCCCUAUGCCCAUGUUUUCUCCAUUUACAUAUCUACUGUACAUUCGGCCAUACCGAAUGUUUUGCUUGAGGUCACAUUCUAGUUGCUUAUUAUAA